UGCCUGACGUAAAUCUUAUCGCCAUCUAGCUUGGCGGUAAUACAAAUGCCGGAAUUUGUAAGGCAUUUAUAUGGAAGUGUACGUUUCUCACCCGCACCGUAAGUCCGCACAGCUCAAGAUGGACGAGGCCUCUCUGACCAUCAACAAUGAGUUGCGGACGGAGGUGGUCGUGUCUUGGUUGUCGGAUCAUUGCUAUCAGUGCCUGUUCCAGCCCCUUGGCGUGGUGCCAGCAGGCCCAGGACCUGGUGUUCCCAGCACCAUGGACCUCACCGUCAACACUCAGCACGCAAUGACCCUGCAGCUCAACAGCACCUUGACCAACCUGGAGCUCUGCAGAGUUCAGUUCCACUUUGGAGAGCAUGGGAACUAUUCCUUGUGGGUGAAGAAUUUGAAUGACACCUCAGUGGUGAACUGCUCCAUGGUCACGGACAAGGAGCCGAUUAACAGCUACCUGCCCAUCCUGGUUGCGUUCCUGGUGUAUGCUGGAUUAUUUAUUCUGGUUGCAGUUGGAAGCACCAUAAUGAGGCUUGACGUUGUGAGGAACAUUUUGUUUCGGCUGGGAAACUCCGUGGAGACGGAGAGACUCAUCAAUUCAGAGCUGGGGCGUCCCAGCAGAACUGUAGAGUCGUCCUCCUCUGAUUCGCCCAUUCCCCCAACCACCACCAACAGCCGGCUACGGUCAUUGGACACUUUCCGAGGCCUCUCACUUGUGAUCAUGGUCUUUGUGAACUACGGUGGUGGGAGGUAUUGGUUCUUCAAGCAUGAAAGCUGGAAUGGACUGACGGUGGCCGACUUGGUCUUUCCCUGGUUCGUGUUCAUCAUGGGGACCUCCAUCUCCCUGUCGGUGAGCGGGGCCCUGCGGAGAGGGGUACCCCGCUGCCGUGUCUUCGGGAAGGUCCUGUGGAGGAGCCUGCAGCUGUUCCUCAUCGGAGUGCUGAUCAUCAACCCCAACUACUGCCUGGGGCCCCUGUCCUGGGACACCCUGCGUAUUCCUGGGGUGCUGCAGCGUCUGGCCUUCACUUAUCUGGCUGUGGCUGCUUUGGAACUUCUGGUGGCCAGGAACAGACUGGACAACAUCCCCACAGAGGUCUGGUGGUACUCAGUGCGUGAUAUCAAGCUGUACUGGCUUGCGUGGCUCUGUGUCAUCGCCAUGGAAACACUGUGGCUCUGUCUCACCUUCCUGCUUCCUGUCCCUGACUGCCCAACUGGCUACUUGGGACCAGGGGGAAUAGGAGACUUUGGACAGUACCCAAACUGCACGGGGGGAGCAGCUGGAUACAUUGACCGCUGGCUCUUAGGAGAGAACCAUGUCUACCAGAACCCAUCUUCACGGGUCAUCUACCAGUCAAGAUUACCUUAUGACCCUGAGGGGGUGCUAGGCAGUAUCAAUUCAAUAGUGAUGGCUUUCUUAGGGCUACAGGCUGGAAAGAUUAUUUUGCACUACAAAGACCUUCACUCAAAAAUAAUGACCAGAUUUCUCAUGUGGGGUUUUGCAUUGGGAAUCUUGUCCGCCAUUCUGACCAAGUGCUCGAGAGAAGAAGGAGUCAUACCUAUUAAUAAGAAUCUAUGGUCUCUGUCCUAUGUGACCACACUCAGCUGCUUUGCCUUUGUGGUGUUAGUCCUCAUAUACUACUCAGUGGAUGUGAAGAGGUGGUGGUCUGGUGCUCCUUUCUUUUACCCUGGAAUGAACUCCAUCCUGGUCUAUGUCGGGCAUGAGGUUUUCGAGGAGUAUUUCCCCUUCCGGUGGAGAAUGCACAACAGCCAGUCUCACGCCGAGCACCUCACCCAGAACCUGGUGGCCACGUCCAUGUGGGUGGUCAUCGCCUACGUGCUGUACAGGAAAAAGAUCUUCUGGAAGAUCUAGCCCUCCCCAGUGGAGGGUGACCUCAGAGACCCACCUGCCCAGCUGCUGGUCAAAUAGACGGGGCAGGAACAAGCUGUCUGCUCCCGCCAAAAUAUAAUACAUAGCCAAAGACAUACAAAUCAGCCGGUGCCAAUGCAUUCAGAGUACAAUCAGCAGUGUUGGAGUUAUUACUGUGUACAGCAGUGAAACAGACCAUUCUGUUAAACUGCCCUAUAUCUGAAAACCACAGGGAGUUCUGUUGUUGUUGUUCCAAAAGUAUAUACAUUCAGUGUAUCAGGGUCAGCUCUAGGACCCAGCUCAGCUCAAGCACGAUGCCUUUGGUUCAGUUUACAUCACGGUGAUCGACACUUUCUGGGUUGUGUUCUGUAAGGGUCUGCUGUGCUCUGGCAAACUGGCUUUGGGAAAAGGAUUGUGUGCCAGCGACAGAAUCACGCCAUGCUGCAGUGCCUUACUUUUUUUUGUGCCAUAGAAAGAGUAUAAGGCGAGCCUAUGUCUACUGGAAUUUUAAGUGCAUUUUCAAAAUAUAAUCUCUGUAGAAACUGACAGUAUGUCCAACUGCAGGCUAAGUUGGCGCAUGUUGAAAGUUUAGCCAGUGCUGUAACAACAGUACACUGUUAAACAUCAUCUUUCCAAACAGCUUUCCUGUUCAGCUCCUAUGCUGAUACUGUGUACAUACAGUUUUCCCAAGGUGCAAAGUAUGCAAGAGCUUUUUUUUUUUUUUUUUUU